AUGGCUUCUUCCAGGGCAUCAUCCCCCGCAAGCAACGCUUCGGAUAGCAAGUUCGACCUCUCGCCACGGUCGAGGCUCAAGGCUCUGCUCGCUACAGUUGGCAGCGACUCGGAGGGCGACAAUCCCAGCCCAACGAAGAAAACCCAAGCCGAGAAGACGACUACCAUACGAACCAAUUCUCCUGAUCAAACUGCUGCGGAAAGCAGCGAGGGCGACGACGAUGAUGAGGAGGAUAUAAUUCGCCCGAGGGGCCGCCUUGCUGCCCGGAUGUUAGGCAUCAAUAAAACAGUUGACGAAACUCAAUCGGAUAAGCAAGAUGACCCUCGAGAACGCGUCAAAAAGAUGCUUCAGAAGGCAGCCGAACCGGCAGAGAAACCUCAAACAACCGAGGAAGUUGACAUGGCGGACGCGGAGGACGAUGCGGACGAGCUCCCAGUGCACCGGAGAAAGCUCAAGAACCGACAGCAUCGCAGCACAACACCUAGGGCAGCAACUCCUGCGAGAUCACCCACUCCAGCUCCCAGCCUUUUCGUGACGCCAGAUAAGGCUGGCUCUCCAUCUCAGCGGAGCCAGGCCGACGAGCAAAACGAUGACGACUCAGAUGUUCCUGCCAUUAAAAGUGACCGGUUCAAGGCACUGGUAGAAAGAAAGCGGGCGGAGCGAAAGGCUCGCGAGGCCGAGGAGGAACGCAAGAAGGCUGCUCGAAUGGCUGGUCAAGCAGAGUUGAUGCAGGACGAGUCUGAGGACGACGUAUCUGACAUCACCGACGAUGAAGGUGGCCGCAAGCUGACUCAAGAGGUGAAGCGCCCUGCUGCUAGGAAAGCUAGCAAGAAGGCAUUGGAAGAAAUGAACCGGGAGACCCAGCGCAUGAGCCGUGCCCUGCAGCUUGCUCAUGAAGCUAAGACGAAGAAGAAGAUCACGAAGGCAUCGCUCUUCGAACGAUUCAACUUCAAGCCGGAAAAGCCCGAGGGUGUUACUAUGAAGGAGCCCACAACCAGCUCGAGCAGACCGGCAACUCCGACUUCAUCGACUCAUACAGAUACGGAGAUGAAGGAUGCAGACACACCACCGAGCUCUCCACCAGCUCGAGUAGAGCAUGUCUUGGGGAAGACACAAACUACAGCACCGUCCACCGGAGUGCAGCAGAUGGAUACAAAUGCACAGCUGACCAGCCGCCCGGACAUUGAGGGUGAUGACCCGCCAACCAUAGAAGAAUUUCUGGCGACCUCAUCGUCUAGGAAACAAGAGAAGAGCACAACCCCCACUCAAAUCACAGAACCUGCCAAGGACAAGAAGCCGAUAACAACAAAGCGAAAUAUUCGCGUGAAGCUUCCAGCCAUCAAGGCGAACUUGGUUACCAUCGAGUCAGACGAGGAGUUGGUCAUCACGGAAACCAAGAAGAGUAAAAUUGACGCUAUAUUUGAUCGCAUCCCCGAGAAGAAAGCAAAGGAAUCUAACUCGAUCCAUGCUUUGAGACGCUUGGCCCACAUCGACUCGCCCGAGAAGAAGCCUAAUAGAAAGGUCACCAAGUCCGCCAUGACUGCUGGCGAACUUCAAGCUCAGCUACAGCAACGUGCCCGCCAGCAGGCCAAGCUUGAGCGAGACAGGCGGCUCGAGAUGCUGAAAGCAAAGGGCAUCCAUAUCCAGACCGAGGAGGAACGUGAGCGUGAGAUGGCUCAGGUCGAGGAUAUUGUUGCUCGUGCCCGGCAUGAAGCCGAGGAGAUUAUGCAGCGAGAGCGAGAAGCUGCCAAGAAAGCGAAGAAGGAGUCCGGCGAGGCCGAUCCAUUGGCCUGGGACGACAGCGACGACAGCGACUUCGCUGGAGAUGCGCCAGAAGAGCCUUCUGAAAUAGAACUCUCCGGUUCUGAGGAAGAGGUCGAUGACAUCAGAGCUGGAAACAGCGGCUCCGAAGUGGAGGAUCAGGAAGAGGAAGAUGUGGUGGAGGAUUCAACAAAGAAGAAUCCCGGUGCCGCAAUCAUGUUCGACGAGGAAGCCGAGUCUAAUGAGUCUGAAAGCGAAGAUGACUGGGUAGAUCCAGACGAGGAGGAGGAGCGAAACCGCUGGGGCGCUUCAGAGGAUGAAGACGAUACACAUGAUAUCGCCACCAAGCCGAAGCCUCGCCGGUCCAAGAAACAUGUCACUAUCCUCUCUGAUGAUGAGGAUAAUGAUGUCGAGUCUACACCAAAGCCCAAAACCCAGUACCCUCAAUCUCCAGCAGUACCAAAGACGGAUUCUCCCCAAGUUCCAACCUCAGUUCUCCGGUCAGCAACAAAGACCUUCAUCCCUGGCCUGCCUGUCACUAUGGGUGGACCGGCUGGCCUGGGUCUGACUCAAAUCUUUGCUGGUACGAUGGACGACAGCCAAGCUGACUCUGCUGGUGGUUCGCCCAUGGAGUUUAUGCCAACCUUUGACAGCUUUCCAGAAACUCAAGUGUCCCAGGUUGCUGAGAAUGAUAUGAUCUACGACAGUCAACCUCAAGGCACGCAGAAUGAGAGCCAAGGCAUUCACCUUGACAUCACUCAGUCACAAGAGCAUGGAUUUGACAGUAUAUUAAAUGACCUCAGAGGAACACAGACUUCAGAUAUGCUGGAGCCAUCUCAAGAUGCAGGCUUCCAAAACUACACUCCUUUGAAGGAGAGGUUUGUGGAGGCUCCACACUCCACUAUCGAUACUGUUGUCUUGAAUUCUACGCAACCUACCCAGCCUCAUAACGAGGAGCAUGAUUCUCCUCUUGUCCAGAGGAAAGGCCGACUUCGUAGAAAGAUCGCUCAGGCGCCAGAAUCCGAUGACGAUGUUGAUGACAACAACAUGGCCAUUGAAGAGGAUGAGUUUGGCUUUGGCACAACAAAUGCCUUCGAUACAUUGAAGGAUGCCGCAAUCAGAGAGAAGAAGAGAAAGGCCCGGCAUGACUUCGACAAGAAGAAGAGCAAGGCCAAGGAGAUGGUAGAGGACCAGGCUGAGGAGUCUGAGGAUGAAUAUGCUGGUCUCGGUGGAGCCGAUGGCGAGGAUAGCGAUAACGAGAGCGCUGCCUCUGUUCACGAGAUGAUUGACGACAACACUCAGGCAAAUGGGUUGGAUGAUGCGAAACUCGCCGCUUUCUAUGCUGAUCGUGAAAGAGCAAACGACGAGAAACAAGUCGAGAAGCUCUUCCGAGACAUUACUAGUGGUAUGCUCCGUAGGAAGCGUGGAGCUGACUACGAUUUAUCCGACUCGGAUGACGGCGGUGAAGCUCGACGACGCAUGAAGCGAAGACAAUUCGCAAAGAUGCAGAAAGCUCUCUUUGCAGACGAACGUAUCUCUAAAGUCGCUGAGAAUCCGCGCAACCAAGCAUUUAUGAAGACAAUCGAGGAUCUUGGUAGCGAUGAUGACAUGGACUUCCUCUUUGAACCACCUGCGCCACCUCAAAGCCAGGAUUCACAAUCACAAGAGCCGCAGACUGUCCCAGACAGCCAGCCGGUUGCAGCACGCCAACCCCUAGCGCCAGCAAAGGCUGUCAAUCGACCUCCUGCUGCAGCGCGCCGGACCAAGAAUGGAAAGAAGCCGUCCAACAUUGGUGAAAUUCGCGAGUCACUGUCGAACCUCCUGGAAGAGCCGAGCCUUAACACGGUCAUCUCAGCCACAGACUUAGGAUCUGAUAGUGAUGAUGCGGAUGAUGAGGACCAGAACGCUCGUGGCAGCAACAAGGAGAACAAUGCUCCCCAGAACCCACGUCGUACAAACACAGCCAUUGUCGACCGCAUCAGCCUCAAGCGUCAAGGUUCGAGCUCGGUUUCUACAGCCAGCGCAGGGGGCCGGAUGGCGUUUGCCGCUCCGUCUACCACUGGUGGUUCCUUCAAGGUGCCGGCUCUACUAAGACGGGCUACUACGAAUUCCCUUAUGAGCAGCUCUAGUUCUAGCUCGGGCGGUAACGGUCAUGCUGCUGGCGCCAGUGGUUUUGGCGAGGAGGCCAAGAUCAAGAAGAGCGCUGGCAAACGCUCAGGAAUCAACUACUUUGCAAGGGAGAAUGAGCGGAGAGCCGCCAUGGAGGAGAGUGCGAAGCGCAGAGAGGCGAAGAAGUUCAAGGGCGCGGAAGGAAGAGUCAAGGUUGUUGGUGGUUUGUUUGGAGCAGGCAAGUUCGAGUGA